AUAAAAAACUAUGCUAGAUUAAAUGGACGGCCAUAUAUUAUCAGAUAUUAUGGAACCUCACGACUUCCUGAUAAAGGAAAUUAUAUCAUAGUUAUGAAGUAUGCAUCUUCGGGCAAUUUGGAAAAUUUUCUUGAUAAAAAUACUGGAUUAAAGUCCACGGAGAAACUAAAAAUUUUAUUGCAUAUUGCUGAAGGUCUUGAAGAUAUUCAUAAUGAAAAAAUGUGGCAUGGUGAUUUUCAUAGUAAGAACAUAGUUUUUGAUGGUCAAACGCCAUAUAUCUGUGAUUUAGGUUGUAGUUGUUCAGCGACUUCUUCCACAACUUAUACUGUCGGAAUUGUUCCUUAUGUCGCCCCUGAAAUUUUGUCACGAGGAAGAGGAAAAUAUUCAAAAGAAGCUGAUGUGUAUAGUUUUUGGAACCAUUAUGUUUCGUAUUAUUUCUGGUGA